GCCGGCGGGGCAGCGGCCCGGAGCGGGGGGCGGGGGCGUUGGUCAUGUUUCCCUUUGGGCCCUGCAGUCCGGGUGCGGACGAGGCGGCCGGUGCCGGGAAUGACGAGCCGGUGCUCCACGGAGGGCAGGCGGCAGCAGCCGGGCCGCCCCCACCCGCGACCGGGGUUGACGCAGCCCCUCCCCCGCUGUCUGCCCGGACCCUUUGCCUUCCCGAUGCCCCCUCGCCGCCCCCGGCCGUGCGCGCCAGAGAGCUUGGACCGCCUGGAGGUCAGGAGCCCUCGGCCGCCUCUACCCAGGGGGAGCAGUCGCCGCCCUCCCCACCGCGCCGGCUGCCCGGGCCAGACUGCAAAGCCGUGUGCCGAGGCCGGCAGGGCUUCAGCGCCGGCCUGGGCGGCCCUGGAGCCCGGCUGUUCGGGUGGCUGAGACAGCGCAGUCUGGGCCGCGGACUGUUCGUGGAUCCCGCGCGGGACAAUUUCCGUACCAUGACUAACCUCUAUGGUUCCAUCCACCCCGCGGACUCGGUGUACCUCAGCACCCGGACCCACGGUGCCGUCUUCAACCUCGAGUAUUCGCCCGACGGGUCAGUGCUAACAGUUGCUUGUGAACAAACUGAAGUUCUGCUUUUUGACCCUAUAUCUUCAAAGCACAUAAAAACACUUUCUGAAGCUCAUGAAGACUGUGUAAAUAAUAUCAGAUUUCUUGAUAACCGGCUGUUUGCUACCUGCUCUGAUGACACUACCAUAGCACUGUGGGAUCUGAGAAAAUUGAACACCAAAGUAUGCACUUUACAUGGUCACACUAGCUGGGUGAAGAACAUCGAAUAUGAUACUAAUACAAGACUCUUAGUAACAUCAGGAUUUGAUGGAAAUGUCAUUAUUUGGGACACUAACAGGUGUACAGAAGAUGGGUGUCCACAUAAGAAAUUCUUUCACACACGUUUUCUCAUGAGAAUGAGAUUAACACCAGAUUGUUCCAAAAUGUUGAUCUCAACUUCCUCUGGAUAUCUCUUGAUUUUGCAUGAUCUUGACUUAACCAAGUCUUUAGAAGUAGGCAGCUAUCCCAUUUUGAGAGCAAGAAGAACUACAUCAAGUUCAGAUUUGACCACUUCGUCAAGUUCGUCUGGUCCUAGAGUUUCUGGCUCACCUUGUCAUCCUAGUGAUUCUAAUUCACUUUCUGAGAAACACAUGUCUCGAGCUUCUCAAAGAGAAGGAGUUUCACCACGAAAUAGUCUUGAAGUCUUAACCCCUGAAGUUCCUGGUGAGCGAGAUCGUGGAAACUGUAUCACGUCCUUACAGCUGCACCCAAAAGGCUGGGCCACUCUUCUUCGGUGCUCAAGCAACACUGAUGAUCAGGAGUGGACUUGUGUUUAUGAAUUCCAAGAAGGCACUCCUGUGCGACCCGUCUCACCUCGCUGUUCACUACGACUGACUCAUUACAUUGAAGAAGCCAAUGUAGGCAGGGGUUAUAUCAAAGAACUUUGCUUCAGCCCCGAUGGGCGAAUGAUUUCUUCCCCACAUGGCUACGGGAUCCGCUUGUUGGGAUUUGACAAACAAUGCAGUGAACUUGUUGACUGUUUGCCCAAAGAAGCCAGUCCCCUUCGAGUGAUUCGUUCUUUGUACUCUCAUAAUGAUGUGGUACUGACAACAAAGUUCUCUCCUACACAUUGUCAGAUUGCCUCAGGGUGCCUUAGUGGGCGGGUUUCUUUAUAUCAGCCAAAGUUUUAGGCACAACUUACAUCAAAUAAGGAACUCUUCUGGUGUUUGACUUAUAAAUUACUUCAAUUUAGGUGAAGUAUUGUCUUUUUAGAAGAUCUUAUAAGUUUGGGUCAAGAUCCUGGUUCUUAUGGGUCCAUUAACAUACCUGUGACCUAAGUACUUGGGCGUCCAGCAUCAUACGGGCAUCUCCAAGUUUUAACUUCUAUGCAGCAGCAUCUUUGUCAGCAUUCCUUUGCUCCUGCUGACCCUGUGCCACUGAACUCUGGUUCCUCUGGUUAAUUUGCAUGGUAGCUCUUGUCAAGUUUCUUUCUCCCUCUUUUUCUUCUUCUUCUUCUUUUUUUUUUAAUGUGAAUUUUGUGGGCAUUAGACAGAAGUUUUGGUUGGGAUAGGAGAAACUUGUGACACCAGCAGUGAAUAAAAUUCAGAAGUUUGAUGUUGGCAUAUUGGUUGUUGAAACAGUUUCAUCUUCAUGUAUCAAUAUACUUGCCUUUUAAAGUUGCUGUUAUAUUUCUCUACAGUGAGCACAGUUAAUGGUGUUAUUCUCAUGACUGUAAGUUUUGCGACAAAAUAUCUUUUAAGUUUCCUGUUAAAAUUUUACAAAUUUUUCACAGCAAGAGGGAUUUUGUUUGUUGUAAAAUUGUAGAAAAAAGAUUGCCAUGUCUUUUUGUAAUCUGCUUUACUUGUAUGAAUUUAAAAUCUCUAUUGUCUGUCCUUACUUGGCAUCUUAUUUCUAUCAACAGAAUUAGAAAGGAAAGGAGGGGAAGGAGUGGACAUUGGUCGUUUCUGUUGUAUAGAAGAGGAUUUUUUUUUAUUGGUUAGUACAAUAUCUGGUCAUAGAGUGAUGAGAGCAAUGUGACAGGUUUUCUCUAUUAUCUCUGCCUGAUUAUUUGAAUCACACAGUAUGUGACAUGUGUAUACUAUUGGGGUCAAGGGGGAGUCAAGAGUAAAGAGGUUGUGUUUUACUUAUCUUUCUUCAUUGAGCCAGGUGGCAAAGCUCAAUAUCUUACUGUUAGUGCAGGGAGAACUGCAGUCCUGUUUUCAAGCUGAUGUCAUAACUCUGGUAGACAAUGACUAUGGAUGUCAAGACUGUGCUGAUAUCAAGACCUUUUUUUGUGUUUCGUUUUGGAACACUGCAAGUAAAAAGCAUCAAGCAAGGGUCAAGCACAAGGCUGAUUGCUCUGCUGAUGUAAGCCGCUUUCCUCAGUCCCCUCCACAUUGAAUGGCUUUGUGUUUAGAAGGGAGUUGCCAUCCGCUGGAGUAAUUUAAGCCAUGCUCUAGCCUUUCUCAUUUAAAUCACACUCUCCUAGGCCAAGUGAUUCUCAACCAUUAGGGUGGAUAAUAAUCAUUGAGGAACUUGUGGAAAAUGCGGAAACCUGGACCCCACCCUAGGAAAUUCUCAUUCCACCAGGGGGAGAUGACAGGAAUGUGUAUUUUUAACAGGAACCCCAAGUAGUCUUUCUUCAGGUAGUCCCUGGAUUGCAGUUUGAAAAACACUGCCUUAAGGCAGUAAAUACUUCUGUACCCAUCUGGUGCUUAACAUAACUCCCAGAAGGUGUUUUAUUUUUAUUUUUUCAAGUAAAUGAAAGCAAUUUUAGAGGUAGAAAAUAACUUAAAAUGAAAUCAAUCCCAUUAUUUGACAAACGAGAGAAGUUAAGUGUCUUGUCCAAGGUCACCCUGCAAAGUUAGUAUCAGAGCCAGGACUUCAUUUCAAGUCUCCUAAUUCCUUGCUCAGGGCAAUUUCUACUGUAUUAUGCUGGCUGUUAAUGACUUAUGAACACUUUAUUCUGUCUUUAAGUUAUAUUAUUGUGAAUACUCUUAAACUAGCCAGUGGAUUGAAAAAGGAAAGGCAUAGGAGUAGAUGCUGCGAAUUUCAGCCAUAAGAAGCAAAGUACUGUAAAUCCUAUAGAAAUGUUUAAGCAACCCAAAUACAUGAAUAAAAAUGGCAUUUCUUUGUAGGACCUACUGAAUGAACAGCCAUUCACACACAUUUUACAUAAGUUAGAUUUUACUUGGACCAACAAUGUUGGCUCUAGAACAAAUUUUUUAAAGUACGUCAUGUUACCGAUGUUUAAAAAUUUGGAGAUUUUUCAGUCAUCAAAAACAUUACCACAAAGCACAGUGAAAAAACAUAGGCGUGCCAUAAACUUUUUAAAAACACCUAUUUAAAAGUUUUAGAGGAAAAAAACGCUCAAUGUUACCAUUAAAAGUAAGCUACUAAGUACAGUGACCAUACUGAUGUUUAAAAGAAGGUUCUAUAAAUUUCAUCCCCUUUGGAAAGAGUUCCAUGUCAGAUGCUGGACCAACAUGUUGCCCAACUCUAAACUCACCUAAUAAUUCUUUAACCUCUAGAGAGUACCUAUCACGUGUCAAAUAACGUACACACCUUACUACCAGCUUUCACAAAAACUUUACAAGGCAGGUGGAAUGAGCCUCAGUUAACUUUGGAGGAAAUAAAGGGUCAGAAGGGUUAAGUGACUUGCCCUGGUCACAGAGUGGCAGCAGCGAGAGUUGAACCCAGGUCUGUUUGAGUCCGAAGCCUGUGCUUUCUACUCUACCAUUUUGCCCCUUUGUUUGAAAAGGCCUUUUUUGUUUGUUUGUUUGUUUAGCAUCCUCUGGAAGUUCUUUAUUAAAAGCUGGCUUACCUUCUGUACCAUGUAAAAGAACAUUUACAAGAUUAACAAUUUCCAUGAGAAUUAAUACCAUAAACUGCAAGGCAUACAUACAGUCCAGUCCUAACUAAACCUCUAGCAGGAUAAGUAGCUGUAAGGCAUAGAAGAAAAAUGGAGGAUAAACAGUCUUGUAUAAAUGUCACACAGAUGAGAAUUAAAAAUUAACAGCCAGCAAACUCAGCAAAACCUUUCUCCUCCUUGAGGUACGUUCAUGAUCAAAAAGUUAUCAGGGGAUAUUAAUCAAGAAAUUAAAGGCAUCACAAAUACUGUACUAUUGAAGGAAAUAACAUCUUACAAUUUCUAGGUCCUAUUUCACUUAGAAUAUAAAGUCUAGUGGUUUUUUUCUCUAAAUUUUAUUCAGUCAUUUUUAUUCAUGAUAACUGGUAAAUAUAAAAGGCUUUUUUUUAGUGUAAAUUGUUCUGUUUUUAAAAGCUUUCUGCAGAACAGUAUAUUUAUGGUAAUGCUAUGUUAAAUAAGUUAGGACGAUCAAAUAAACAGUAGUUCCUUAUUUGCAAUUGUAAAAAUGAAGUGGCUAAAGCAGAAGAGACCUUUAUUUUAGUCUUAAAAAUGUGUGUGGUCUUUUUCCCCAGAAGCCCAAAAGCACAUAAGCACAUGUAUAUUUUGUCAUUUCUCCUUGUUAUAUCUGAGAAGAGGCUAUACCAAAAAUUUAAGGAAAACAAACAAGGAAAGGUAAAUCACAUGUUCCCACUCCUAUGUCAGGGCAUGUUUCAUUCUAGAACCAAGAUCAUAUUGUAUCGGUGUUAAAGUUUUGUUCUCUAGAAAGUGCAAUAUAGGGAAAACACUCAGAACACUUUAGAAGCUAUGUGUUUCCCAUGUUAGUCAUCAUAUGUGGUAUUGGUAUCUAUAAGUAUCUGCUAAGCUUGUGUUUAACAGGAGAAAUAAAGUCUGAUAACUUACUGCUGACAAUCAUCCCCAUUUAAUGACCAGCAGUCAUUGGGUGCUGUGAAAAUUCAUUCAGUAACACCCUGUGCUGGUCAUGAAAGAAACCAUACAUAUGAAUUUUUUGAUAACUAAUGCAUAUCUCUAAGUGCCAAAAUUUAAAACUCGUGAUUAUUUUUGAUGUAAGUGUUUCAGAUAUGUUAGUAUACUUACCUUCCCUACCUUCUUAAACAGAAUGCUAAGUUACAAUUCACUUUUCCAUGGUAAAAGGUAAAGCUGUAUUCUUAAUGUGGUAUUACAAAUAUCCAAUGAGCUCUACUGUUUGUAAAACACUUCAUAAAAUGAAAAGGGCUAUAACAAAUGUGUGUUAUUAUUAAUCAUAUCAAUUACUAUAAAGUGAUUCUCUUUGCCCUGAGUUAUGUACAACCAUUUGCCCCAGAUUGCUGUUUUUCUUUUUGGUUUUAUUUUUUUUUUUAAUAUCUGCUGAGUAGUUUGUUCUGUCUCCUGCCAUACUACCAAUAUGCCUGCUUGUAGCAGGCACCGACUUCCUUCUCAUGUGCUGUAUUCAUCUGUAAAGAGCUGGGACAUGAGAGGACUAAGCUGUCAGAGUCCACAGCUCUUUCGGUUGCUUACCACUUUUCUUACAAGUUCACAGCAACCUACUGGAUAAUAGAAGCUCCCCGUUAAAACCUCAGCUGGUAGUUUUUCAGUAGCCACUAAGUAAAAUACUACAAAUUAAGGAUGCUGCUAGAGUAAGGAAUAAACAGCAAUUUACCAAAGUACAGCAAAGCAACAAUGAAGGCUCUCUAUUUGCACAAGGGUCUUUCAUACUUUGGAAAAAAGGGGAAGAGUACAGGAGGAAAAAAAAAAGGAAAAUCCAGGUAGACUUAAGAC